AAGGUUCUCAUACGCUGGUUUCAUCGCAUUGAGAUUCAGAUCCAAAUCGAAAAAUGAAGGACUCAAACAACACAGGCAGUAGCAGCAAUAGCAGAACAGAACCCAUAGCGCAAAACAUAAUCAAACUCAUAAGCAACCUCUGUUUCUCACUCUUCGUUUUCUCAGUUCUAAUAUUCACAGUAAUAGCAAUAACAUACCAACCACCAGACCCAUGGCUAGAGUCCACCCCAGCACUCACUAACCUCUUCACCCAAUCCCAAAACGCAACGUUUCGAAUCGACUCCUCCAUUCUCAAAACCGGCGAAGACCUCUCCCCUUCGCCGCAGGACGCUCCUCUCCCCUUCCCUCCGCCGCUCGCCUCCGCUUCCCCCGCCGUCACUGAAGCCAUCAUCGAGAAAUCCGAGGAACGAAUCGCUAAUUCCACCCCGCCCCUUUCCUCUCCCUCCUCUGUCUGCCUCGGAACCCUAAAUUGCUCCGACCCUCGCGUCCUCAUCGCCGUUCAGAGGUUCAAUCUCCGCGUUUUCAAGUCCAUCGCCUUCUUCGACUACCAGCCGCCGGUGAACGGCUCUGUCCCCGGCGAGUGCGACGUCGCGUGGCGCUUCCGCAACAAGAGGGAGAAGUCCUGGCGCAAGUACCGCGAUUUUCGACGAUUUAGGAUCGGAUUCACCAAUGAUUGCAGGUACAAGGUGGUUCACGCCGGCGGCUGGCACUCCGGCGCCAAUGCACGCCGCAAUGUGACCCGAAUCGGCACCGGCAAGGGGAGAACCUUGCCGCCACGGGUUGCGAACCGUGAUGAUGAGAUCAAUGACACGAUUCCGAGUUUGGGAUCGGAGAGUAAUUUUAGGAAUGGGAGGUAUUUGUAUUACUCGCGUGGUGGGGAUUAUUGCAAGGGGAUGAAUCAUUAUCUGUGGAGUUUCUUGUGUGGGUUGGGUGAGGCUAUGUAUUUGAAUAGGACUUUUGUUAUGGAUUUGAGUGUUUGCUUGGCUGCAACUUAUAAUCCUAGUAACAAGGAUGAGGAAGGAAAGGAUUUUAGGUACUAUUUCGAUUUCGAGCAUUUGAAGGAGGUGGCUUCCAUUGUGGAGGAAGGUGAGUUCUUGACAGAUUGGAAGAAAUGGGACAAGACCCAUGUCAAGAAGAAGAAGAUUCCUGUUAGGAAGGUUGUCACACACAAGGUCACUCCAAUGCAGCUUAAGAAGGAUAAGAGCACUAUCAUAUGGAGGCAGUUUGAUGCCCCCGAGCCUGAGAAUUAUUGGUACAGGGUUUGUGAAGGUGAGGCUGCAAAGUAUAUUCAGAGGCCUUGGCAUGCUUUGUGGAAAUCUAAGAGGUUGAUGAAUAUUGUUACUGAGAUCAGUGGAAGGUUGGACUGGGAUUUUGAUGCAGUCCAUGUCGUUCGGGGAGAGAAAGCUCAAAACAAGGAGCUGUGGCCUCAUUUGGAUUCCGAUACGUCGCCAGAUGCGCUUCUUGAGAAGCUUAAAGGGAUGGUUCAGCCUUGGAGAAAUUUGUAUAUUGCCACCAAUGAGCCUUAUUAUAAUUACUUUGAUAAAUUGAGGUCAAAUUACAAGGUCCAUUUGCUUGAUGAUUACAAGGAACUGUGGGGAAAUACGAGUGAGUGGUUCAACGAGACGAGCCUUCUCAAUAACGGAAAGCCUGUUGAGUUUGAUGGGUACAUGAGAGUUGCAGUGGAUACAGAGGUCUUUUACCGUGGAAAGACGCGGGUGGAAACAUUCUAUAAUUUGACUAAAGAUUGCAAGGAUGGAGUUAAUACAUGUUGAUCAGAUUUAGAUACUUUGCAAUGGAACAAACAGGACACUACAACAUUUCCUCCUGCUUAAAGGAAGGUCCUCCGCACCCUUCGGACAUGACUGUAUUCCUAGUGGAGGAAACCUUCGUUCAGAUCUUCGUCAAACUAUCCAAACUGUAAAUCUUGUUUCCUGUUUCAACGUGUUGUUCGUCUGUUCUUGUGUCACCAAGAAGCCCCCAGAUGUGAUGUUUAAAAUUGUGUACCCAAACUUCACAGCAUACGUGGUGUUCGUGUGACAAAUCCACGUCGGCGGGACCAUACAGUGCUAUACUGCCAAACAUAGUUAAGCCGGUGCAACACUCGCAUCAAAAGCAUACAAAUGGAUCAUCAAAAGGACCAAAAAUAAAUGGGUGUCACGUCUUAAUCAAGUUAGAACAGUAACGGGUGGCAGGUCUUUAAUCGUGCUUGAACGGUUGGUGAGUCCUCUCAUGGAAAUAUAUGAACAAUAGCUCCAAACAAUUUAGCGGUUUCAUUUAAUAAGCCAAAUUGCUUAACUAACACUUCAAUUUUUUACUUCUUUAUAUAAAAAAUUCCUAAUUUAUUUUUUAAUUGUAGAUGUCUUAAUACAAUUGAUUGUAACAAACGAUAUAAUUAAAUCAUCGUCAAUAAAGGUGUUAUUUAAU